AUGACCACCUCCAGACCAGCGACGACCAGUGCCACGACCACCUCCAGACCAGCGACGACCAGUGCCACAACACCUCCAGACCAGCGUCGACCAGGGCCACGACCACCUCCAGACCAGCGUCGACCAGUGCCACGACCACCUCCAGACCAGCGACGACCAGUGCCACGACCACCUCCAGACCAGCGACGACCAGUGCCACAACCACCUCCAGACCAGCGUCGACCAGUGCCACGACCACCUCCAGACCAGCGACGACCAGUGCCACAACCACCUCCAGACCAGCGAAGAUCAGUGCCACGACCACCUCCAGACCAGCGACGACCAGUGCCACGAUCACCUCCAGACCAGCGACGACCAGUGCCACGACCAUUUCCAGACCAGCGUCGACCAGUGCCACGACCACCUCCAGACCAGCGACGACCAGUGCCACGACCACCUCCAGACCAGCGACGACCAGUGCCACGACCACCUCCAGACCAGCGACGACCAGUGCCACAACCACCUCCAGACCAGCGUCGACCAGUGCCACGACCACCUCCAGACCAGCGUCGACCAGUGCCACGAUCACCUCCAGACCAGCGUCGACCAGUGCCACGACCAUUUCCAGACCAGCGAAGAUCAGUGCCACGACCACCUCCAGACCAGCGACGACCAGUGCCACGAUCACCUCCAGACCAGCGACGACCAGUGCCACGACCACCUCCAGACCAGCGACGACCAGUGCCACGACCACCUCCAGACCAGCGAUGA